ACAUUGUAGGAAAUAGAACACACACAAGAGCAAACGUGCUUCGGAAUGAAUGAGAAUUAUCAAAUUCAGUCCGUUAGAGACGCUUGGUUCUGUUCAGACGUGCGAGGUAUCUGGAUUUGGGCGCACGACCACGACGACGACGCGCAAUACCAACCAACGGCAAACAGUGUAUUUUCGUCGAUAUAUUUUUUUUUUGUAAUUCGGGCUGUUACCAUAUUAGCAGGCAAGGCAGUAAAACGAAAAAAAAAAUACAACAACAAAUAAUACCAAACUUUUUUUUUAACUAAACCGACCUGCGGUAAUGAUAAACGCGAUAAUAGUGUUUUAACGUCAUACGAACCAACGAAUUGUUGUUACACAUAAUAAAUAUAUGUACUACAAAUAUUAAUAAUAAUAAUUUACACAAAUGCUGUGUGGUGUUGUUGUUGUAUACCUACCCUACCUACCUAUAUCCACUGCUGCUGCUGCUGCAUAUGGGAAGAAGAUUAAAUAAAAGAAAUGGAAACAUCAAGUGACGUCGUACAUACAUACAAACUUGCGCUGUCCGAAUUUUUUUAAUUUUUUGUGAAAAUAGUACGCCGAAUAAAAACAACAACAAGAAACAAACAAAAAAAAAUACAAUCACGCACAGCCAGAGAUCAAUUGGUCGGACGUACGAAUGGUUGUUCGUCGUUCGUUGGGUUGGUGGUGGCCAUAAAAAUCAACUUUACAAACAAGCUGCUGCGGCUGCUAUUCAGCUUCUUCUCGAAAUAAAGAAAAAAAAAAACACUGAAAACAAAUAAUAAAAAAAGGAAAUCAACAAGAGAGCUGUGGCGGCGAUGUCCGAAUCGGAAUCGCCAGGAAAACAGAAAGGGCUGCGACGCCAACUGCGCGAGCGCAAAGAACGCAAACAGUAUCUGGAAGAAUGGGCCUUGGGUGAUGAUGAUUUGGAGGGGACUCGCGGUUUUAGUGUGGCCGAAAAGCUGGAGUCCUCAAAAUUUGCCCAGACUGGCAUGGUGCGGGAAAUGCGCGGUAGUGAUUUAAAUGUUGCAUUACUGCAGCAACAUGGUUUCAAUAUGCCUCUAUUGUUUCGUGACAAAGCCGGUCUGGGUCUACGCAUGCCCAAUCCCAAUGAAUUCACAGUGAACGAUGUCCGACUGUGUGUCGGAUCGCGACGCAUACUCGAUGUCAUGGAUGUGAAUACACAGAAAAAUCUGCAAAUGACCAUGAAGGAGUGGCAGCAAUACUAUGACAGUCCACAAAAGGAUCGUCUGUUGAAUGUCAUAUCGCUGGAGUUUUCGCACACCCGUCUGGACAAUUACAUACAGAGUCCGGAAAUUGUACGACAAAUCGAUUGGGUCGAUGUUGUGUGGCCGAAACGUCUAAAGGAUGCCCAAAAGGAGGCCACUAACCUCCUUGGCAAUAUGAUGUAUCCCAAGGUGCAGAAAUAUUGCCUAAUGUCGGUGAAGAAUUGCUAUACCGAUUUCCAUAUAGAUUUCGGUGGCACCUCUGUGUGGUAUCACAUACUCAAGGGUAGCAAGGUGUUCUGGCUAAUACCGCCAACCGAAAAGAAUCUCCAGUUGUACGAGAAAUGGGUAUUGUCCGGCAAACAGGCGGAUAUUUUCUUUGGUGAUACCGUGGAGAAAUGUGCUCGAGUCUAUUUGACGGCGGGCAAUACAUUUUUCAUACCCACCGGAUGGAUACAUGCUGUCUACACUCCCACCGAUUCCCUGGUGUUUGGUGGGAAUUUUUUGCAUUCCUUUGGCAUUGUGAAACAGCUGAAAACGGCCCAGGUCGAGGAUGCCACUAAGGUGCCGCAGAAAUUCCGCUAUCCCUUCUUUACGGAAAUGCUGUGGUAUGUUCUGGCCCGUUAUGUCUAUGUGCUGUUGGGUCAUUCCCAUUUGGAGGGAGAACCAUCGGUGGAGGAAUCGGAAAUGGCCGCCAGACCUCACAUUCAUUUGACCCAUUUCGAAUUGUUUGGUCUGAAGGAGAUCGUCAUGUAUCUGUACGAUUUGCCACCGAAUAAGAAAAACGUACCGGAAUUAGUACGCGACCCAGUCGCGCUGAUAAAGGAUGUGCGCACCCUGGUGGAGAGACAUUGUAAAGAUAAGCCGGAGUUGGCCAUUACAGGGGAAUCGGUUUUGAAACCACCCGGUCUAAUGCAUCCCCCGUUUCAGGAAUACGAACGUACCCGGGUGAAACAGGAAAUAAAGCAAGAGAUUGCCCGGAAAAAUGCUGAAAUUAUAAGGGAGCAGCAACAAUUGGAGGCGCAACAGGCAGCCGAAUCAUCGGCAGCAGGUGGGGGAGGUGGGGGAGCCGCCGGUGCAAUUAUGCCACAUUUGGCUUUUAGUGGUACAACCACCGUAACAACGGAUAAUGGUAUUACCAUUAAAAAGGAGCCCAUGGAAAAUGGGACUGCAAUUUCCCAGCAUCAGCAGCAGCAACAACAGCAACAUAAUCAAAAUCCAAAUCCUCCACAGCAACCCACAUUUGUAUCUCCCACAGAUAAUAUCAAAUAUCGACCACCCAAAAAAAUGCAUUUAGCCAAUGCAGUGGCGGCUGCGGCGGGUGGGGGCAAUGGAAAUGCAGUCAGUGUUAUUGCCUCUUGCUCCAAUUACAACAAUAACACUAGCAACAACACCAAUAAUAACCAUAAUCAUCAAGCACCCUCUGCAGGAGGUGGAGGAAGCGGAGGCAUUACCAUAACCAACAACUUGACGCCCUUGCAAACAUCUCACACGGGAUCGGCCGAUAAUUGCCUCUCCCCGAACAAUGAAUCAUCGAAAAUAUCACCCAAUGUUACAGGUCUAGGUCAACCGCGUCGUCGACGGACCCGUUGUAAAAAUUGUGCUGCCUGUCAACGAUCGGAUUGUGGCGAAUGUAGCUUUUGUCUGGAUAUGGUGAAAUUUGGUGGUCCCGGCAGAGCCAAACAGACUUGUAUGAUGCGCCAAUGUCUAUCGCCAAUGUUGCCCGUGACGGCCCAAUGUGUAUUCUGCCAUCUGGAUGGAUGGCGUCAAACACCCGUCUCGCCACAGACCAAACAAUUGGCCGCCAUCGAUGGUCCCUCAGCUUUAAUGGAAUGUUCUGUAUGCUAUGAAAUUGCUCAUCCCGAUUGUGCUCUAUCCGCAUUGGAUGGCACCGAAUAUGCAGCCGAUGCCAAGGGUAUUGUCAAUGAGGAUUUACCGAAUAGUUGGGAAUGCCCAAGCUGUUGUAAAUCGGGGAAAAAUAAUGAUUACAAGCCUCGUCACUUCCGUGCCCGUCAAAAGUCCUCCGAAGUUCGACGGACCUCGGUGGGUGGUAUUGUCAAUAUUGUCAGUGGAGAUUUCAUUGAUGGUGUUGGUGGUGGUGGCCACAUUGCGGGAAAUAUCCACCAGAAUCAUCAAUACAAUGAUUUUGUAUUCACCAGUGAAUCGGAAAUGGAAACCGGCAACGUAACGACCAACAACAAUUGGAAACAUGGCGUUAAACGUCACAUGGCCAUUGAAGUUAAGACGGAACGUAGCUAUGACACACCCUCGCCAGGCAUAUCACCCACUGCCGUGGAUAAAAUCAAACGGCGUCGCAGUGAUGAUGGUCUCAGCAUGUGUAGCAGUAUGCAGGAUAGUAUUGAUGCAAAUGCUUCCAUUGAUUGUAAUGUGGCUGGUCCGGGUGGUAUGGGCUCCGGCGGUGGUAAUGGUAGCGGUCAUGGCUCACGUAAAAAGAAUUCCGUGCGAUCUCAUUUGGCCCAACAGAUGUUGAACUCGUCGACAAGGGUUUUGAAAAAACCACAGUAUGUGGUGCGACCGGGUUCUUCGCACAGCGCAGCGGCGGGUGGUUAUGGCACCAAUAUGGGUGGCGCCGGCGGUUAUGUGGGACCCAAUUUGGCUUUGGAUCCCACGCUCUUGAAAAUCAUCUUCCGUUAUUUGCCGCAAGAGACAUUGGUCACCUGCUGUUCGGUGUGCAAGGUAUGGUCCAAUGUGGCCGUGGACCCAGCCCUGUGGAAGACCAUGAACUGUUCGGAAAUGAAGUUAUCUGCCUCCCUGCUGACUGCCAUUGUGCGGCGCCAACCCGAGCAUUUGAUUUUGGAUUGGACCCAAAUAGCCAAACGUCAAUUGGCCUGGAUCAUUGCCCGCCUGCCGGCCUUGAAAAAUCUCUCUCUACAAAAUUGCCCCAUCCAGGCGGUUUUAGCCUUGCACACCUGCCUCUGCCCUCCCCUGCAAAUAUUAGACUUAAGUUUUGUGCGUGGUUUAAAUGAUGCAGCCAUACGUGAUAUACUGUCGCCACCCAAGGAUUCCCGGCCCGGGUUGGCGGACUCGAAAACCAGGCUAAGGGAUCUCAAGACUCUCAAGCUGGCCGGCACCGAUAUUUCCGAUGUGGCCUUGCGUUACAUUACCCAAUCAUUGCCGCAUUUAGUGCAUUUGGAUGUAUCAUCCUGUCAACGCAUAACCGAUGCUGGUGUAGCACAAAUUGGCACCUCGCCCACGGCCAUUGCAAAUUUAAUUGAAUUGAAUUUGAGUGCAUGUCGUUUGGUCUCCGAGCUGUCGUUGGAUCAUUUGGCCAAGUGUGAUCAGCUGAUAUGGUUGGACUUGAGGCAUGUGCCGCAGGUGAGCACCCAGGCGGUUAUCAAAUUUGCUGCCAAAUCCAAACAUGAUUUGUGUGUGAAAGACAUAAAACUUGUGGAGAAACGGAAACCACCUCAGACGCCGCAGUCGUCGGCCGGCGGAGGAGGCGGGGCAAGUAGUAAUUUCUCAGCUUCCACCACACCCAUUUCCUCGGCUGCUGGUUCAGCAAGUAAUUGGAAUGAUUAAAACUAUGGAAGAAAAAGAAGAAGAAGGGGUAGACAGAUAAUGGAAAUCUAGGCCAAAGAUUUUUCGAAAUCUUUCCCCCCACCCCCUGCCUGCCACCGUUCCCCCCAGCGCGAAAGAAGAAACAAAAAUAUCUCAUUUUGUGUAGUUGUAGCAUUACUCCCCUCCUACUCUUCCACCAUUCGUACUUCAUUUUUAAGACUUAAAAUCGGUUAAUUAAAGUAUGUAUCUCUUUAAGAAGGCAUUCCUCCCCCAGAAAAAACAAAACAAAA